AUGUGUGCCUAUGCUGUGUCGAGAAAUGUUAACUCCCUCGCCUGGUACGCAGGAUGUCCUGAGGGCGGCGACGCUGCGGGCGGCGCGACGAUGGAGAAGGCGGUGGGCAAGGUGGCGCACGAGAUGCAGCGCAACUCCGUCUCCGACGACGACGACCCGUGCCGCGCCCUUGAGGAGUACACGUGGGUCCCGCCAGGACUCGAGCCCGAGCAGGUCCACCGCUAUUUCCGCUGCCUGCCCGAGGAGCGCGUGCCGUACGUCAACAGCCCCGGAGAGAAGUACCGCAUGGAGCAGCUGCUGCGCCAGCUGCCGCCGCCCGACGACCAGGUGGGGUACUGCAGCUCUCUGGGCGAGGAGGAGAAGCAGGAGCUGAAGCAGUUCAGCGCUUGGCGCAGGCGCGAGGCGCUCGGCCUGGGAGCCGUCAAGACCUUCCCCGUCACGACCCUGGAGGGCGCGACGUGCGAGCAGUGCGGCGGCGGCAUCGCCGGAGGCGAGGUGGCGGUGUUCGCGUCGCGUGCGGGGCACCCCCCGUGCUGGCACCACCCCGCCUGCUUCGUGUGCGCCGCGUGCCGGGAGCUCCUCGUAGACCUCAUCUACUUCUUGGCGGACGGGAAGCUCUACUGCGGGCGGCACCACGACGAGCGCUUCAAGCCGCGCUGCGGCGCGUGUGACGAGAUCAUCUUUGCGGACGAGUGCACGGAGGCGGAGGGCCGCCACUGGCACACGCGCCACUUCAGCUGCGCCCAGUGCCACGUGGCGCUGGGCGGACGGAGCUACGUCAUGGAGCACGGGCGCCCCUUCUGCUGCCCGUGCCUGCGGGCGCAGCACGCGGCGGCGGCGGCGUGCCGGAGCCGCCACCGGCACAUCGGUGAGGGGGCCGCAGACGCCGGCGGAGGAGCCGCGCUGCCGCGUCCCGGCCGUCAAAUUCGCGCGGCUGCCGGCGCCGACGGCAAACGCGCCGAGCGCGUGCCGGGAUUCCGCGGCUAUGCCGAGUCGUCAUCGCGAGGCGCCGCCGGCGCGGCUGCUGCCGUGAUGUCGGCGUACGAGCCGGACCAGACUCCGAAGAAGCCCCGGGCUUUCCCGACGCGGCGCUCGGUGACGUUUGGCUGCGGGAGGAGCUCCCCCGAGGCGGCGAUGGGAGGCGCCGGCGGCAACCCGCCGGUCGACCGCGACCACCCUCCGUACGGCCUUCCCAAGAGCCGGCAGCGGACACAAGAUGGCCCCCGGGGCGGCGGCGGCGGCGUCCGGCAGGCCGCCCGCGAGGCAGCGGACGAGAUGAGUUUCCCGCCGUCUCCUUCGCCGGGGUCGUGCGUCCAUGAGGGAUGUCGCGAGGGGGCUGCGGCGGCGGCGGCCUUCAGCGGCAGGGAGCCGCGGCAACAUUCGCGGCUCGGCGUGGCCGUGCGGGGGCUGAUAGACGUGGGAUGGGCGUCGCCGCAUGACUCCGACAGCACCGGCCUCUCGGUGGACACUGACGGCAAAUCGCCCGACCAGCCGUCCAAGUCCGUCGGCGGCGGGUGCGGCCUCGGCUCGGCGGAGAAUCUCAGCGCGGCGGGCCCCCUCGCCUCCGCCUCUCGCUGCCGCAGCGCCGAGUCGCGCUCCGGCCUCCGCUGGAGCCGGCGCCCCUCCGAGCACGAGCGGGGCCGCCCCUCCCAGCCGGCUCCCCUCCAUGGCUGCGACCGUGCGCUCCGCUCCCAGUCGCAGCCGCGCUUCCUCGCGCAGUUGGAACCGAGCGAGCGACCCCGCCACCGCAGCCGGCGGCGGCGGCGUUACCAUCGCUCACGCGAGCCGCGGAGCUCGCGCUCGGAGAACGCGCUGCACGAGCCCGCGGCCGUGGAACGGAGCCGGCGCCGCUUCGAGGACGAGCCGGGGGCACGCGCGCACGAGGACUGCGAGCGGCUGACGCGGCGCAAGUCCGAGAUGGACGUGGGGGCGCGGGGCGGCCACCCGCAGGCGCCGCCGCGCUCCGUCUACGCGCCGGACGACUUGGCGCUCGACCCGGACGACGGGCGGGACGACAGUUCGGACGACUGGUGCUCCACCUGCUCCUCGUCUUCCUCGUCGGACUCGGACGACGACGGGUUCUUCCUGGGGCAGCCGAUCCCGCGCACCGUGCUCGUGCUGUCGCUGCGGUGCCGCGAGGGCGGCGGCGGUGAUGCCGCGGCGAUGGCGGCGGGGACGGUGGCGGGGACGGUGGGGUACGGCGGGCGGUCACCACACUUCAUCACGAUGCCAGCGAUGUCGAGGAAGCAGCAGAGCCGGCGCAGGAAUAAGAACUGCAUCAUCUCGUAG